AUGAACAUUUGUGGAUCCAAGACAUGCAUUCCAGUCCGCGUGUGCGCCAUGUCAGCAGCCAACCCGUUCCAGGUUGGCACAUGUCUGGAUGACGGAGCGGGCGGCUACAACUGCCUGUGUCCUGCGGGGUUCGUGGCGGAUGAACGACCCGAUGAAACCCCCGUCUGCGUGCCAGAAUUGAACCGGCUCAAGGCAUGCGUGAGAGCAUGGGUGCUCAAGGCAUGUGUGAUAGCAUGGGUGCUCAAGGCAUGUGUGAGAGCAUGGGUGCUCAAGGCAUGUGUGAGAGCAUGGGUGCUCAUGGCAUGGAUCAACCUCAUCGUGGGAGAGCAGAUGCUGCUAGGCCAACAGGUGUGUGUGCGUGGUGGGAAAUCAAGCUUGCUACUCGGAGCUACUCGGUGUGUAACAAACCUGCAGUACACGGUAGUGACGGGAGACACAUGUGCUCGCACCAUUGCUCUAUACUUCAAGAGCUCAUCACAAUUAUUGGCUCAAUACAACACGGGUUAUGUGUGUACAAACAGCCGCUUGUACAAGGGCAUGCGCCUGUGCAAGCCACCUUAA